AUGUAUAAUAUUAAAAAAGUAUAUUUUUUUGUACAUUUUUUAUUUCUUUUUUUUUGGGGUUUUCAAAAAAGUUCUUGUAUAUAUCCAGGAAAUAAUUACAUUUAUGAAUUACUAAAAUUAGGGAUUUUCGAUAAAAAUACGAUGAAAAUAAAAAAAGAAAUAUAUGAAAACAUCGAUAAGACACAUCAAAUAUUUUCAUCGUGUAAAACUUGUAUAAAGUUAAUACAACUAUUAACAAAAAUUAUUCAAAAUAAAAAAGAACAUUACAUUGAUAUUGCAAUAGAGGAAACUUUAGAAACAAAUUUAUGUAAGCCACAGUUAUGGAAACAGUAUUUUAAUUAUGAUGAAUUACUUUAUAAUGAGUAUGUUAUAGAUAAUUGUGCAUAUACUCAUAAAUUAGUUAAAGACCAUAUUGAGGAUAAUAUAUAUAAAUUAUAUAAAAAUGAAAAAUUGUUUUAUGAACAUGUGUGUGAAAAAAUUCAUCACAUAUGUAAAAAAGCUAUAGAAGAAGCUCAAAAUACCUCGAAUAAUAGUUUGAAAACCAAACUUAUGUAUGAUUUAUAUUCCAAGUAUUUAGUAGACCAUGUCAAUUAUAACAUAACUCCAAAUGGAAUACCAUACAAAAUAAUAGAAAAAUAUAAAAAAAAUACUAAUGAAAAUAUUAAUAAAAAUAGUUAUAUCAUAAUUCAAUCUCAAAUAAAAAAUAUGAAUCAAAUCAAAAUAUAUGAUGAUUUCAAAAGUGAAUAUUUCAGGGUUAUUAAAAUGAAUAAGUUAAAUGAUCAAGUCGCUGAAUUGUUCCUCAAAAUUGGAGUACAAAGUAUGUUCACUUUUAUUUUUUAUAACAAAUUUGAGAAAAAUAGAAAAAUGUCAAAUGACUCUAUAUUAGAUAUAAAAAUUAUGAUUUAUGAUGCAACGAAUAACAUCGAGGAUUUGAUUCCGAAGAAUUAUAAAAAUAAGUUAAUGCACAAUGACGAAACAUUUUUAUUAUACAAAUAA